AUGGCGGAACUCAUAAACAGACAUGUCGAUGAGCGUGAGAGACUGCAAAUUCCGCUUCCUCUCGUCCACAAAUGGCAAAUAGUUUCAGAAAUUGAUGGACAUGGCAAUAAGUUGCGAUCUUUGACGGUUAGGGAGAGUUUGCUUGAUCUCAUCAUGCAGUGA